GUAAAUUAAAAAAUACAAAUAUGCAAGAGAGAUAGAGCUCAGAUCUCUCGCCACAGUUCAACGCCCCAAUCCUGCCUCUUAGUCCAACCCGGCAACCCCAACCUCUUGGUGCUUCCCAAAUUCCAACUCCCAAGCCCUUGGUGCUCACCAAGAUUCAUCUUCUCCCCCCAAUCUCCUCCGCAGGGAAAUAGUUGUUUUGGUUUCCGACUCCCCUGCUGCAUAGCAUAGGCACUCAUUCCUCCCUUUCGACAGCAAGCAAUUUUGUGUUCUCAGUUGUAGAUUGGGCGAGAUUUUCCUUCCAUCCGUGGGUGAUUCAGGCAUUAGGAUUCAAUCGGCACAAUUUGUUCCUGUAUCCGCUCUUGCCAAGAAUUUCCCAUCUCCCUAUUUGCUUUCUGAUCCAUCUUCGAUGCGCUAAGAGGCGAGAUGAAUACGAAUUACUCGGCUCUCCCAUUGACUUCCCCCUCCAUCGAGCUCCAACCCAACGGGGCCAAAUCUAGCGCCGCCGCCAAUGGCGUCCUCAACGGCCACGCUAAAAUCUCCAGGCAGGAUUCGUUCUUGGGCGAGGUGGAGGACGACGGCGGCGGGGCCGGUGAGCACGACGAGCUGCCGCUCAUCGGCGACGGCCCUGCCGGGCCGCCAGAGGGGUCCGACGUGACCGCCGCCGUGUUCAACCUCGCGACAUCCAUCAUCGGGGCCGGCAUUAUGGCGCUCCCGGCUACCAUGAAGGUGCUCGGAGUCGCCGCUGGGCUCGUCUCGAUCCUGGUCAUGGGGGUCCUGUCCGAGAUCACCGUCGAGCUGCUCGUGAGAUUCUCGGCCCACUGCCGCGCGCUAUCGUACGGCGAGGUCGUGCACAGGGCGAUGGGCCGCCCGGCGAGCAUCGUGGCGCAGAUGUGCGUCAUCAUCAACAACGCAGGGGUCCUGGUGGUGUAUCUGAUCAUCAUCGGAGACGUGAUGUCAGGGUCACUGAAGCACAUCGGCGUCAUGGAUCAGCUGGUUGGCCAUGGCGAGUGGGAUAACCGGAAGCUGCUGAUCUUGGUGGUCCUUGUCAUCUUCCUCGCACCAUUGUGUGCGCUUGAGAAGAUUGACUCACUGAGCAUGUCAUCUGCCGCGUCGGUUGCCCUUGCCGUUGUGUUUGUGGUGGUGUCCAGCAUCAUUGCUUUGAUCAAGAUCGCCGAGGGCAAGAUCAGUAUGCCGAGGAUGGGUCCAGAUUUCAGCUCCCGUGCAGCAAUGCUGGACCUGCUCGUCGUGAUACCCAUCAUGACUAAUGCCUUCAUCUGCCAUUUCAAUGUGCAGCCGAUCUACAACGAGCUCAAGGAGAAGACACCACAGAACAUGUACAAGGUUGGCAGGAUCAGCACCGUGCUAUGCGUGGCGGUGUAUGCCCUGACUGCCCUCUCGGGGUACCUCUUGUUCGGCGAGGACACCGAGUCCGACGUGCUCACCAACUUCGACAAGGAUCUCGGGAUAAGAUUCAGCUCUCUGCUCAACUACAUUGUCAGGAUAGGGUAUGUCAUCCACCUGGUCCUCGUCUUCCCAGUUGUCCACUUCUCGCUGAGGCAGACAGUGGAGGCGCUGAUCUUCGGGGAGCUGGCAACCCCUAGCAGGAAGAGAACAUUCACAUUGACAGUGGUGCUUCUAGCACUCAUCUACCUUGGCUCGACAAUGAUACCCAACAUCUGGAUGGCCUUCAAGUUCACCGGAGCUACCACAGGGCUGGCGUUGGGUUUCAUGUUCCCGGCCCUGGUGGCAUUGAGGCUGGACAAGGAAGGGAGUCACUUGGGACAUGGGGAGAGGCUCCUUGCGCUUGGUUUGCUGGGGCUAUCAAUUCUUGUUAGCGUCAUCGGAGUCGUUGGAAAUGUAUACACCUUGAAGAGUAAGUCUGAAUGACCUCCCCAAGAUGGCAAGUUGAUAGCUAGGGUUAGAGGAACCUUUGCAUCAUGAAGACACAUGGUGUGUUGCUACAACUGGCAUACAGAUCGUGUAAACAUGGUGACUAUACACUAGGUCAAAAUGUAUUACAUUCGAGAGAGCCUCAGCAUCCUAUAUCCGUUUUUUACUUCAGAGGUUUAACUGUGGACCAUUCUCGAGGGAAUUCUUUUUGUACUUCGGACCAGAUUGUUUUCGAUGUAUCGAUUUCAUUGUGUUCUUACAUGAGGGCUCUAGAGUCACUCUUUGAUCAGCAACCAAAAAAAAAGAUUGGUUCUGAUGUACUUUGAGGAGAUUUUUGUUUCCCUAUGUCAGUAAGUUGGUCUGUUUGGGGGCAUACAAUUCUUGCACUUUUUUUAUACUAAACCUUCAUCU